AUGGCGCUGACUGCCGAAAAGCUUAAACUUAAAAAGGGCAUGCGCGUGCUAGAUGUUGGCUGCGGAUUUGGCGGCCUGAGUCGAUAUUUAGCAUCCGAACAUGGCGUAAGUAUCGUCGCUAUAACAAACUCACGGGAAAUGGCGGCAUAUUCAAAAAAGAAUUGCGCGGGGCUUGACGUUACCGUGUUAGAGGUAGAUUGGCGAGACUUGGACGAGAUUGGCAGAUUCGACAGGGUUGUCGGAAUUGAAGUCAUGUUCCGCGUGGGGCGGCACAACUUGGAUGAAUUCUUUGCCAAAAUUUCCUCCUGUUUAAAGCCCGAUGGAAUUUGCGUCAUUCAAGAUUUCUGGAAUCAUCCCGACAUGCCCCACAACUUGGCAACAGCAACAAAAUAUUUCUUCCCCGGACAUUAUGUGUUCAGCAUUGACAAAAUUCUACGUCAAAGUGGGAAGUAUUUUCGACUGGAGGGUUACCUCGAUAUGAGUGAUGAUUUAAAGGCCACCGGGUAUCAUUGGCUUGCAAAUUUUUAG